AUAAGACUCCUGGAGGGACAAGAAAGGAGGCCUUGCGACAAGCCGAGGCCGACAUGCCACCCGCUCCUCCGGCUAUGUUCCGGAUUUGGCAAGAAGAGGAGGUCCGCCCUGAUGUGAGGGUGGAAGAAAUAGAAGAGAAUGAGGAGGUAGAGCAGGAGAGAAAAGCUGGUACUGUGAAGGAAGAGCCUAUUGUGAUAGAGUCGGACGAUGAGGAGGAAAGAGGCGGUUGGAUUGAGGCGAGAAGGACGAUGGAAAAAAUGGAGGAUUUGGUGGCAAAGAUAGGAAGAUAUCAAGAUAAAUUGACCAGUAUGUGUGAGGAGGUCAGAGAAUGGAAAGGUAAAAGACCGCUAGUAUAUCUCUACGAUAUGGGUCCAGGAGCGCAAGAAGGACCUGGGAACUUACCAAGUGUGACGACUUCAGGACCGACGCCUCGAUCUGGGAUGGCCUUUAGGCCACCGUCAAGGUGGGGAAGGGCACCCGAGGCAGUCAGGACAAGAGCUAAGGGGUCGGUGAGCUCUGAUGAGCCAACGAAAGAUGUUCCUGAGCCUAGUGGGGAGAAAGGGACUGUGGACAUCCCAGAGGAUAAGGAUGAAGAGGAUGAGAGGUUAAGGAGAGAAGAGGAUAAGAGAGUUGAGCAGAGGGUCAAAAAGAGAGGUAUUAAGGCUGCCACGAACAUGGUUCCAGAAGGGAAGAAGAAAAAGUACACUGUCCGGGUGGAAGAAGGGUAUGAUGUGGAGAAAAUGAUGGACAGGAUCCUUGAGGGUCAUAAUCACCUUAUGAACCUGAAGGAUGUUUUGGCCUCAGCCCCAAGGUUUUGAGACGAGCUCAAAGCUCGUUUGUCCAGGAAGAUGGUGGUUAGCUUGCGACUAUGAGCAAUAAUCCCCAAAGAAACAAAAUGGGCAGAAACCG